AUGGCGCUACAAGGACUUGAAGAUAAAUCACAAGUUCUGACGGCGUCCGUUUUCUGGAACUUUACAUGGAAAGAUGAAAUAUUCAGAUGGGAUCAUUACUUGGAGUAUAAGAACAUAUCAAGACUGACAGUAAAAGCCAGUGAUGUAUGGGUUCCCGAAAUAUAUAUUGUCAAUUCUAUAAAGGACAUGCCCAUAAGAAGUAAUGGAGAUAAUAAAGAGUAUGUGAUUGUCAAAUCAAACGGUUACGUGACAUGGUUUCCAGCAAAAGAAUUGCAAACAUCAUGUUCAGUUGAUGUUUCAAAAUAUCCGUUUGAUACACAGGCAUGUAGCAUUAUAAUGGAGUCCUGGUAUCAUGACAACAAAAGCUUUUUUCUACACACAAUUGGAUCAGGAAUAGAUUUAUCAGGAGUACAUUUUGUUGAAAAUGGAGAAUGGGAUAUUCUUAAUUUAUCAGCCUAUCCUUACCAGAACAGGGAUUAUGCAGACAAUGCGUCCGCUUAUUCAUUCUACAAUCGGAGAAGUUCUGGAAUAUUUUAUAAAUAUAAAUAG